UCAGGCUCACUUUCACUCAAGCGAACAACAAGCGGAGUUUCUCUCGUCCUGACGUCAACAUGACUCAAGUUAACGUGUGUCUCAAACGCACUUUCACAUUCUUCAACAUACUUUUUGCGAUCCUGGGCGCGCUGGUGAUCGGCCUCGCACUGGGGUCCCAGGCGGUAUCCCGAAACCAUGGAGCCGGGGAGCUGGAAGGCCGGACCACGGGUCUCCUCAUGCUCUACAUCAUUGGCUCCGUCACCAUGAUGAUCGCCAUCCUGGGGGCCUACGGCGCCCACAAGGAGAACAAGGGCGCUCUUAUUGCAUUCCUGUUGAUCAUGGUCAUUGGAACUUUGAUUAUGUUGAAGACCGGAACGUCAAUGGCCAUCUCCAGUCCACAGAUUGAAAACGUGAUGGAGCAAAAGUUCAGAAGUCUCCUUCCUCUGGACCAAUCACCAGAGAGCACUCAGAACAUUAUGAGCUCCGUCCAGACGACUCUCCAGUGCUGUGGACUCUUCAGUUAUCAAGACUGGGAGAAUAAUAUUCCUUCCUCAUGUGCGUGCAACUCUGAGCAAGAGAUGGAAGGGAACUGCAGGACCGUCAACUACAUUGAACUUCUCCAGUAUCAUCAGAAGAAAAUUUUCAGGGCGACCUGUUUCCCCAUCAUCAUGCACUAUGUGGGCAUGGCGUACAACAUCUACAUGGCCGUGGUUUUCUCCCUGGGAACCCUCGCCCUACUUGGGAUGGUGCUGUCCUCCGUGAUCAUCCACCAGAUGGGUCCCAAGGUUCCCAGAACCAUGAUGGUCCUUUCCAUCCCGGCUGUCUUCAGUCCCCAGCCUCCUAAGUACCAGGAGUUGUACAACUCUCCUGCUUAAGGCCCUGCUGUGUCUCCAGCAGCUCAACGCCUUUCUGCUCCUGAUCUGUCGUUAGCUCGCUAGCUGUGUGCGGCCGUACUUUGUAUUUUGAUGUCGGAUGGAUGAGGGUUAAUCUAGUACCACUAGACUAGGUUUGCACUAAGGUAGCAUUAAGUUUGCACUAGCUUUGAGUUAGCAGCACUCUAGAUAUAAAGGGGGGUAAAUAUUGCUGUGAGAUUAGCCUGCCUCCAUUUAUGCCAGUUUAGCUAACCUAAAACUAGUAACUUCUUAGACUUAGAUCAGUAAAGGGCUAUUAGUUGAUUUAACUGUUUGAUGAUGAAACCACUUGUGUUUACAAAAGGGACAUUUAAUUCAGAGUCAUACAUUAAUAUUUAAAAUGCAUAUUGUCCCGUUUGCCGAAUUUAACUUUUGACUUCUUUUGACUUCUACCCUUGCCAAUAAAGACAUUUAUUUCCAUCCUUGGCCAUCAUGAAUAUGUAAA